UGCUACAUUCUGUUUCCGCCCGGCAUCGACAGGAGACGCAUCGUCAUUGUGGUGAAUAAAAUCUAAUUCGUCUGAGACUCUACAUAUUAAAGCAAUAUGGCUUUACCCCGAGUUUAUUUCGACGUCAGCGCUGACGGUUCUGCUUUGGGAAGAAUCGUUGUUGAGCUUAGAACAGAUGUCACUCCCAAGACUUGUGAGAACUUCCGCGCCUUGUGUACCGGCGAGAAGGGCUUCGGUUACAAGGGCUCCACCUUCCACCGUGUGAUCCCCAACUUCAUGUUGCAAGGGGGUGACUUCACAAACCACAAUGGCACUGGUGGCAAGUCCAUCUACGGCGAGAAGUUUGCUGACGAGAACUUCGUCCUGAAGCACACCGGCCCUGGUGUUCUGUCGAUGGCCAAUGCUGGUCCCAACACCAACGGGUCCCAGUUCUUUAUCACCACCGUGAAGACCUCCUGGUUGGAUGGCAGGCACGUGGUGUUCGGCACCGUUGUUGAAGGCAUGGAUGUGGUCAAGCAAGUAGAAGCCUUUGGCUCACAGUCUGGCAAGCCCUCAAAGAAAAUCGUCAUCUCCGACUGUGGUCAACUCUCCUAACUUAAUUCUGUAAUAAUUAUAAAAGUAUAACAAUAUUUUUUAAGUUUAAAACUAUGUCCUCCCAAGUAAUACCUUCCCAGUCUUCAAGAAAUUGAAUAUGGUUCAUUCCAAUUAUGACUAAACUUUUUGCUAUGUUUUAGGUUGCAAACUAGGGAUUGCAUUUAUUUCUGUGCAUUGUUUAUUCAUAAUAAAUUAACUUAUAUAA